GUUGAAUCGCGGCUCACCUCAGGAGCGGCAGCGGCUGGAGCGGAGCGGGGAGGUGAUGCUCGAGUGAGGAGGGAGGAGACCGCCAGCUGCCUUGUAAGAGGAACAGUGUGGCCGCUUUUCAGUUGUUUUCUUUCUUUAUGCACCGAGAGGAGCAAAGGAACAAUAUAUACCAGAGCAAACAAUAACAAGCCCCGGUGCAAAUGUCGGUGUGUGUGCGCGGGGUGUAAAGCCGGGUGCCGGGCGCGAUGCUGAAGCUCUGCAUCUUGAUGAAGCGGCGGGCUCGUUGAGCAGCGGCAGCGUUCCCUCUUUCCCCCCGGCAAGGACACCGACGUCGAAGCGAGCCCCAAGAGCCAGGCCGGGAUGGCCAAGCCCGGGGUGUGAGACUGCGGCCAACAGCCCUCGGGCCUCGCGGGGCAACUGAGAUGGUGCCCAGGCAGAUGUCUUCACCGGCAUUACCGGCGCAGCUGGUUUCCAGCGGGACAUUAACUGCUGUUCCCAAAUAAAGGGAGCCGCUGGCUUAUAAAUAAGCGAGUAGCCGAGCUUGAGACUCUUCUUCCCUACCCCUCCCACCGCCUUCCUCCGCUGUCCUUUCAUUAACCCCCCCCCACCCCCUCGAGCAGGGGAGGAGACGGCUUGUCCACCCCCGGCGCUGGAGGGAGCGAGCUGCCGGUUGCCUUUCCCUGGAGCCAAGAUGUCGGCGGAGGUUCGCCUAAAGAAGCUGGAGGAGAUGUUGUUAGACGGGCCACGAAGAAGCGGUCUGGCGGUCAGCGUGGAGACCCUGCUCGACAUCAUCGUGUGCCUGUACGAUGAGUGCGCCAACUCCCCGCUCCGGAGGGAGAAGAACAUCUCCGACUUCUUGGACUGGGCCAAACCAUUCACUGUUAAAGUGAAGCAGAUGCGGCUCCACAAGGAAGACUUUGAAAUCCUGAAAGUUAUUGGCAGAGGUGCAUUUGGUGAGGUUGCUGUUGUGAAGUUAAAAAAUGCAGACAAGGUUUUUGCCAUGAAGAUUCUCAACAAAUGGGAGAUGCUGAAACGAGCAGAGACUGCUUGCUUUCGAGAAGAGCGGGAUGUGUUAGUAAAUGGAGACAGCCAGUGGAUUACCACAUUGCACUAUGCUUUCCAGGAUGAAAAUUAUUUGUAUCUUGUUAUGGACUACUAUGUGGGUGGAGAUCUCUUAACACUACUCAGUAAAUUUGAGGACCGAUUACCAGAAGACAUGGCAAAGUUCUACUUGGCAGAAAUGGUUUUGGCCAUCGAUUCAGUUCAUCAGUUACACUAUGUGCACAGGGACAUCAAGCCAGACAACAUUCUUCUGGAUGUAAAUGGGCACAUCCGACUGGCAGACUUUGGCUCCUGUCUCAAGCUUAUGGAAGAUGGAACACGAACGAUUACUCUACUCAGCAAGGAUCAGGUUCAGUCUUCUGUGGCAGUGGGAACCCCUGACUACAUUUCUCCUGAAAUUCUUCAAGCCAUGGAAGAUGGCAAAGGAAAAUAUGGGCCAGAAUGUGACUGGUGGUCACUUGGUGUUUGCAUGUAUGAAAUGCUUUUCGGGGAAACUCCAUUCUAUGCAGAAUCUUUAGUGGAGACGUAUGGGAAAAUCAUGAAUCACAAAGAACGAUUCCAGUUUCCGGUCCAAAUCACUGAUGUAUCUGAAAAUGCCAAGGACCUCAUCCGGAGGCUUAUCUGCAGCAGGGAGCACCGGCUGGGUCAAAAUGGAAUUGAAGACUUUAAGAAGCACUCAUUUUUUGCUUGCAUUGACUGGGACAACAUCAGAAACUGUGAAGCACCUUACAUACCUGAAGUCAGCAGCCCCACAGACACAUCAAACUUUGAUGUAGACGAUGACUGCUUAAAAAAUUCUGAGACGAUGCCUCCACCUACACACACUGCUUUCUCUGGACACCAUCUUCCCUUUGUAGGGUUCACAUACACCACCAACUGUACUUUGUCUGACAGAAGCAGUCUGAGAGAUGCUGCUGGAUCAUCCUCGACAGACAUUGAUAUCAAUGUUCAGCGGACCUUAGAGGACAGCUUGGCCACAGAGGCUUAUGAGAGGAGGAUACGGCGUUUGGAACAAGAAAAACUUGAACUAAGUAGAAAACUUCAAGAGUCCACACAGACUGUCCAGGUUCUUCAGUAUUCAACUGUGGAUGGUCCACUAACUGCAAGUAGAGAAUUGGAAAUUAAAAAUUUGAAAGAAGAAGUAGUAAAGUUGAAACAGCAAGUAUUAGAUUCUGGUCUUAUAGAACAGCAACUUGAAGAGGCAAGCCUCAUCAGACGAGAUUUUGAAGAGGGAUGCAGGCAAAUUAAAGCACUUGAGAAACAAAUCAAAACUGCAAAGCAAGAGAAAGAGGAUCUUCAAAAGGAAAUAAUUGAAUCUAGUGAAAGGUUGAAAGUGCAAACCAAAGAGCUCAAAGAUGCCCACAGUCAGCGUAAACUGGCAAUGCAAGAGUUCGCGGAGAUGAAUGAGAGGCUUACAGACCUGCGCUCCCAAAAGCAGAAGUUUUCUCGCCAGCUCCGGGACAAGGAGGAAGAAAUAGAAGUAAUGAUGCAAAAAACCGAAAGUUUGCGCCAAGAUCUGCGGAGAGUGGAGCGGACCAAAAAAGAGCUGGAUGUGCAGAUGGAACAAGUAGCUGCAGAGGCAACAAAGGAACGAAAGCUACGAGAGCGGAGCGAGCAGUACACAAAGCAGCUGGAGGAAGAACUUGAGGGGCUCAAGCAAAAGCAGGUUGGACGAUCCCCUGGUGUGAGCAGUACAGAGCAUCAGCAGGAAGUGGCAAAGCUCAAAGCUGACUUGGAGAAAAAGACUGUGUUCUAUGAGGAGGAGCUGUCCAAACGGGAAACCCUGCAUGCUACUGAGAUCAGGAACUUGAAGAAGGAACUUCGGGAUGCAGAAGGACAGCAUCUCACCCUCAAGAAGGAAAUAAUGAUUUUAAAAGACAAGUUAGAAAAAACUAGGAGGGAAAGUCAAAAUGAAAGGGAAGAGUUUGAAGGCGAAUUUAAGCAGAAAUAUGAGCGAGAGAGGAUCAUGCUGAUUGAAGACAACAAGAAGCUAUCAAAUGAACUUGAUAAGCUCACAGGGAAGUUUGAAAAGCUGACUGCAAGCAACAAACAAAUGGAGGAAGAGUUACGGGACCUAGCAGAUAAGAAGGAAUCUGUGGCACACUGGGAGGCCCAAAUCACAGAGAUCAUCCAAUGGGUGAGUGAUGAGAAAGAUGCCCGAGGAUACCUUCAAGCACUGGCAACCAAGAUGACUGAGGAGUUGGAGUCGUUGAGAAAUUCCAGUUUGGGAGCACGAGCAACAGAUAUGCCCUGGAAGAUGCGACGCUCUCAGAAAGUGGACAUGUCAGCUCGAUUGGAGCUACAGUCAGCUCUUGAUGCAGAAAUCCGUGCAAAACAGGUCAUUCAGGAUGAACUCAAUAAAGUCAAAGCCGCUAGCAUAUCUACUGAAUGCAAAUUGCAGGAUGGUGAGAAGAGAAACCAGGAGCUGUUAACUGAAAUUGAGAAACUCAAGAAAGAAAUGGAAGAAAUAAAAUCAGAAAAGGGUGUAAAGCACCAAGACUCACAGAAUUCUUUCUUGGCAUUUUUGAAUACACCUGCCUCUCCUCUGGAUCAAUUUGAAAUUGAUUCCAUUGAGAACUUCAACCUUUCGAAUUCUCCUUCUGGCGAAGAGGUGAAAUCACAGGUGCAUUCUCGCUCUCGGUCACCAUCGACAGCAAGUGACAUUGAGACUGUGGAGGGGGUAGAUCAUCCUCCUCGUUCUAUACUGACACCAACUAUCAGGUCAUCAUACAGUGGUUCCACAGUCUCAAAUCCAAAGCCCAAAGCUCAUCAGUUUGUUGUGAAGUCUUUUACUACACCAACGAAGUGCAAUCAGUGUACGUCUCUGAUGGUUGGCUUAGUACGCCAAGGUUGCACGUGUGAAGUAUGUGGUUUCUCAUGCCAUGUCACCUGUGCUGACAAAGCACCGGCUGUUUGCCCCAUUCCACCUGACCAAACAAAGGGUCCACUGGGGAUAGAUCCACAGAGAGGAAUUGGAACUGCCUAUGAGGGUCAUGUUCGGGUACCUAAACCAGCUGGGGUGAAGAAAGGCUGGCAGAGGGCACUGGCUGUGGUUUGCGAUUUCAAGAUCUUUUUGUACGACAUAGCAGAAGGCAAGACAUCUCAGCCAAGUGUGGUCGUUAGCCAAGUUAUUGAUAUGAGGGAUGAAGAGUUUUCAGUAAGUUCUGUGUUAGCUUCUGAUGUUAUCCAUGCCAACAGGAAGGAUGUACCCUGUAUAUUCAGGGUUCCGCUUACAGCAGAACCGGGUAGGUGGGUUGGGCCUAUUAAACAGACCCCGAAACUUCAUUCCGCACGCGAUCGUAAAACUGCAACUCAUAUUAAGGUUACAGCUUCCCAGAUGUCAACAUCCAACAACAAAUGUUCAAUCCUGAUACUGGCUGACAGUGAGAAUGAGAAAAAUAAAUGGGUGGGGCUGCUGAAUGAGCUGCACCGGAUCCUGAAGAAGAACAAACUAAAGGACCGAUCAGUUUUUGUUCCAAAAGAAGCUUAUGACAGUGCCUUGCCACUGAUCAAGACAACACAAUCAGCCGCCAUCAUAGAUCAUGAAAGAAUAGCACUGGGAAAUGAAGAAGGUUUGUUUGUCGUGCACGUCACCAAAGACGAAAUCAUUCGAGUUGGUGAUAACAAGAAGGUCCACCAGAUUGAGCUGAUUUCGGGAGAACAGCUGAUUGCCGUUAUAUCUGGGCGAAACCGCCAUGUCCGCCUUUUCCCCACGACGGCUCUUGAUGGCCGAGAGGGUGACUUCUUCAAGCUGGUAGAGACGAAGGGCUGUCAGACACUGGUGUCAGGAUUGAUGCGCCAUGGCACUGCCACAUGCCUGUGUGUGGCCAUGAAGCGCCAAGUGCAAUGCUAUGAACUCAACCAGAGCAAAACCCGCCACAAAAAGUUUAAAGAGAUCCAAGUGCCAGGAAACGUGCAGUGGAUGGCCAUCUUCAGUGAAUGCUUGCUUGUCGGCUAUCAGUCAGGCUUUGCCAAGUACCCACUGCAGGGAGAUGGGUGUCCUGUUAGCCUACUGCAUCCCGAUGACCACACACUGUCCUUCAUCACUCAACAACCCAACGAUGCAAUCUGUGCAGUGGAAAUUUCAAGCAAGGAGUAUUUAUUGUGUUUCAGUACUGUGGGCAUUUAUGUGGACUGCCAGGGUCGAAGGUCAAGGCAGCAGGAGCUGAUGUGGCCAGCUAUUCCCACGACAUGCUGUUACAAUGCUCCAUAUCUGUCUGUGUAUAGUGAGAAUGCUGUAGAUGUAUUUGAUGUGAACACAAUGGAAUGGAUUCAGACAGUUGCACUAAAAAAGGUUCGGCCACUUAAUACAGAGGGAUCACUAAACCUGCUUGGCCUUGAGACAAUCAGGUUAAUCUAUUUCAAAAAUAAGAUGGCAGAAGGGGAUGAGCUUGUGGUUCCCGAAACAUCUGACAACAGCCGCAAACAGAUGGUCCGGACCAGAAGCAAGAGGAGAUAUUCUUUCCGGGUUCCUGAAGAGGAGAGGCUUCAACAGAGGAGAGAGAUGCUUCGUGAUCCAGAAAUGAGGUCCAAAUUAAUCUCAAACCCAACUAAUUUCAACCAUAUUGUACACAUGGGGCCAGGUGAUGGCAUACAGAUUUUGAAGGACCUUCCAAUGAACUUGCGGCCUCAGGAUGAGAAGAGUCGGACCAUGUUUAGUGCUUCUGUCAGCAUACCUGCCAUUGCACGGUCUCGCACAGAGCCAGGACGCUCCAUGAGUGCUAGCAGUGGUCUCUCAUCAAGAUCAUCGGCACAGAAUGGAAGUGCCCUUCGAAGGGAAUUCUCAGGAGGUAAUUAUGUCAACAAAAGACAGCCAAUGACGUCCCCUUCUGAUGGGUCUCUGUCCUCUGGUGGAAUGGAUCCUGGGAGCGAUGUGCCAACAAGGGAGUUCGAACGAGAUGACUCUGAUUCCCCCAGACACUCUACAGCCUCCAAUAGCUCUAAUCUGAGCAGCCCACCAAGCCCGAUUUCUCCCCACAAACCACAUACCCUUCUGCUUGAAAACACAGAGCACGUUAACUGGGAAACAUGAGACUACCAACUCCAGAGAGAAAUUUCAACAGACCAGCCCUUGCUCUUGUCUUGCUGCACCUAUCCCAACUCCUUUCUCUGGUUCCAGCUGGAUGGAUACAGCAGAUCUGAUGAAAAGAAGCAAAAAGCAUUGUGGACCUGGGACAGUGCCCAAUAUUGUGAAUCUCACAAACACGCACGUGCACCAUGUGGGAGUUUUUACCCUGCUGACCACUUUACUCUACUUUCUGUGUGUGUCUCUCUCGCUCUCUCUUUCUCUGCCCCUCUGUCUUUCUCUCUGCCUCUCUUUCUCUGUCACCCCACUUCUCUUUUUUUUUCUCUCUCACUCUCUUUUUCUCUUUCAUUCUCCAAAUGAGGAGGUGCAAGUUUUUUUCUCACGUGCAUACUCUGCUCUUUUUGCUUACCUUGUUCCUUCACAAGAAUGGACCACAGUUAAGUCGUGUAACUGAUGUUUAAGAUGUUGUUUCUCAUUGCAGCCUCACUAGCCUCAUAGGUCCUCAUAAAAUAUGUAGGGUUGGGGUUAGUGGGGUGGGGGGAGAUGCAGUUUCAAAUUUGAAUCAUCACUUCAGUCUGUUUCAGAUACAGUGUCAGCGGGCUUUUCUUUGUAUUAGUGCUCAGUCUUUUUAUUAUUAUGUUAUUUUGCAAUAAUGAUGUGUGUACAUCUGCAAACAAAUCACCAAACCUUAUUUUACUAAGAAAAACACAAAAAAAGUUCUUUUGUGAUAUAGAAUAUAUAUAAAGUAUAUAUAUUAUAUAUAUAUUAUAAAAAGUUGUGUAUAGUUUUACUUGUUGAAACAGCAGCAAAAAGAAAGGUUACAGUGUAUGUGAUGUCACAGACUGCUGGUAGAUUCUUAUAUAAAGUUCCUCAAUGUAGUGAACCCAGGUAAAGCUGAAAAUUCAAGUUAGGGGGGGGAAAAGUGGAAGCGGCAGUUGGUAAGCUGUGAUAAAACAUCGUGAGGGCAACUGUAUUUUAGUUAAUAAACUCCAAUAUAUAGACAGAAAAUGACUGAUUUAUGUUGCAUGUUGCAAAGAGACUGCACUGGUUAGAGAGUCAAUUCGGGGUGUCUUAUUGAUCCAGUUCUGAGUAAACAAGGCCCAUUUUUGUAGUCAUUCCAGUAUUUGAUCUGGUACCCAGAUCCUUGAGCUGAACUAACCUUGUACAUUAUAUACUGCUGCUGGGCAGGACUCGUCCUUGCUUCACUUCACUCCAGCCCUCACCAAAUGCUGAUGUUUAUUACACAUUUAAAAAAAUCCUGAGGACUAUGCUUUGGUAAGCUUGCUCUGGCCAGUAAAAAAAAAAUCCCUACAUUCCCUUUUCUACAGCCACUUCCCCCUGUCUGUCAUCUUCACUACUUUCUGUACACUGUUUGCUGCAGCAGGAAGCAAUGAGGCAGAAAAUUCCUCCAAGCAGCGAGAGGGCAUUCAAGGAUGGCUUGCUAGUUUAGACCUGGUGAGAGUUGUUUGUUAGUGGCUGAGACCACCCUUCUUGGAACAGAAUAGCAAGCGAUCUCAAAUCCCAUCCUGCCAUGUCUGUCCUCUGAUCCCUUCCUAUCCCCUGAUCCCUUCCUAUCCCCAACUGCUCUUUAAUCUUUACGCAAGCCUGAUGAUGAUCUUCUCACCCCUAUCUAACCCUGACAGCCCUCUUCCACCCAUUUUCCUGCCUGUCUGAUUUUCUUCUGCUAUCAACUACACCCCCAGCUCAACUGCCCUUUGACCCCCUGCUCCCCCUUCUUGAGCCACCUCCCCUUUGCUGCUGCCUACUCUCUGAUGCCUUUUCAACUUGACAUUAAACCCCAGUAUCUCUCUGAUGUAACAAAAUGAGCUCCAAGUGGUCUGAAUCCAAUAAAGGGCACAUUUAGUUUCAGUUAAAUAAUUUCUAAAAUGUUUGACAUCUAGUUUGAAAAUGCCAGUCAAAGGUCCCUCUCUUCUCCCUCCCAGUUACCACUGUCCUUAACCAUUGCUUCCCGGCAGGUGCAUGCAUUGGUUGGAUGGGAGAGGAGAUGGGCUCGAUCCUCAGUGUUAAGAAGUGUUAGCAGAAUGGAGAGAACCUGGCAGCCCCCUGAGCAAGGAAGAUACAUUUACAGUAUUGCGUUCAGUGGGCACCAAGCUGCCAUUGUCCACAGCAGUUUCAUAUCAUUUAUUUUCAAGAGCUUUAGGGAUUCCCUUUUGUAAGAUUAUUGUACAGUUUUGCAUGUCAUAGAUGUAAUCAUUUUUUUAAUUUUUCUUUUGUCCAGGUUAAAGGCUGACUUUAGUAAAUUAAUUGCUUGGCUUGAUUACUCCUUCCUCUUCCCCUUAAAAUGUUUGUAGGGGUUAAUUUGUAAGAGAGACUCUGCAGAUUGCAGAUUCUUUUGCACAAGAAUAUUUAAGGCAGGUGUCCGACCAGCCGCCAUUAUUUUAUGUUGGUGACACACGAAAUAUUAACCAAGACUUUGAUGUAUUCAAUAAAACAGGGAACUGUUACAAA